AUGUCAAAGGAAAAGGGUAAAAACGAAUACGGUGCAUUUUGGGCGAGAUUUAAGGAUAAAUCGAAAGAUACUCCAAAGGGAAAAGUACCGGUAGCAACUCUCAGGUAUUAUUUAUUUUUUGUUUUCUAUUAUUCUUGAUUUGAAUAAUGUUUUCAGGCGGGAAAGCUCAUCAAGCUUUGAUGUAGAUAGUAUAAAAACCGAAAGCAGUGCAGCACCUCAAAAAAGGCCAAAACGAAAGCGAGCUGUCAUCAAAAACGACGAAUUCGAUCAACUUCCAAUGUGCGGUGUAACAGUUCGUCUUCCAGUUGGAUUGAAACCAUAUCCAUCACAAAAAUUGAUAAUGGUUCGAAUAUUGACAGCAAUCAAAAACAAUAUGAAUGUGUUGGCUGAAAGUCCAACAGGAAGUGGAAAAACAAUGGCAUUGUUGGCUUCAACUUGUGCAUGGUUGAGAAUGUAUCAAGAUGACAGAAAAUUGGCGAGAUCAAAGUGUGAAAUACACGGAGAUGAAGCACAAAUUGUCAAGACUGGUGAGAGGAUAAAAUAUGAACAGAAAAAAAUAACAAUAUGCAAAUAGUCUUCGAAAUUUUUUACCUUUUUUACCCCGAUUUUCUCUUUUAGCUUUUGCAAUGUGUUUACUUGGCAUUGGUCAAUAAUAAAUUAGUCUAGUCAGAAAUUAAAAGAAAGGAAUCGCUGAGAAAUGACGGGCGCCACCAAUUAUUUUUCUAAGAAAAAAUAGGUCACGCGAAAAAUUAAUUCGAUCACGUAAUAAAUUUUGAGUUUUCAAUCAUUUCUCAAAAUUUUGUCACGGAGAAAGUGUGACAUCGGAAAUGAGUAAUUUUUUUUGAAAAAAAAGCUAAGACGUGGUAGAACUGUAGUCCAGUAAAUAUAUGGGAUGUUCGAUUGUUCACAGUAUGUUUUUUCUUUUGAUUGUAUGUUACACCCGUGCUUUAAAAACAUAGUUUGAGGUCCCAAACCCAGAAAAUCUCCAACAACCCAACUUCUAAUUCCUUAUUUCAGAACCUCUUGCUGUUCACAAAAAUGAGCCCGAAGCAACUUCAGAUCCACAAAUAAAACAGGAAAACACUGGUAAAUUUAAUUUUUCAAACAUUUCAUUUCAUAAAGAACAUUUGAAUUUUCAGUUGAAAAUCAAUGGAUAGAAGAUUUCAUACCGCACGGCGGACAGGAAAAUGUGAAAAAAGAGGAGCCAAUUGAAGGAACAAAAACAGAAGAACCAGUUUGUACAUGUCUUCCAAGAGUUCGAAUUUAUUAUGGAACUCGAACACAUAAACAAAUUGCACAAGUUGUCAAAGAAUUUGGAAGAUUACCGUAUGCUGGAAUCAUCAAGUUGGUUGAUUUUAUCCAAAUAAAUCGAUAUGGAAUUUAUUUAUUUUCAGACAUACGAUUCUGGCCAGUAGAGAACAAUCUUGUAUUAAUCCAGCUGCUAGAAGAUCGCCUGAUAUUUCACAAUUCUGUAAAGAAGUCAAUGGAACAGAUGGGGUUCGUUUUAAAGGAACAUGUGCCUGGGGCCACGCUAUAAUCCAUAUUUCCAGAUUGGUUGCAGUUUCAAAACUGCUAUGAGAAAUCGAUAUGAAAAAGCAUCAGCACUUCGAUCACAUUUGGAAUAUAAUGUAAACCUUUUUCUUCUUUUUUGGUCCUCAUUUUUCAUUGUUUCCAGGGAACUGUUGUGUUCGAUACAGAAGAAAUUGUUGAAACACUCGCUCAAUCAUCCCCUCAACUUUGCCCGUAUUUUUGCACAACUCGUGUUCUCACACAAGAUGCUGAUUUGAUUUUCUGCCCAUUUUCAUAUCUUGUUGAUCCAAUUAUUCGGAAUUCUUCAGAUGUUCAUGUAAAAAAUGCGAUUGUUGUUUUAGAUGAAGCUCAUAAUAUUGAGGAUACAUGUAGAGAUGCUGCAAGUUUUGUAUUUUCGGAAAAGGAAUUGGAUGAUGCACUUUUAUCGUUUAGAAUUAAGAGUGGGUGGUUUUUCAUUGGGGCGAACAUUAUCCGUUUUUUUCCAGAAAACGCAAUUGAUCAGGAAAUCGAAUCGGGUUUGAGUCACAAUGGAGCUGAUACUUUUGAAGAACGGGUAAACGAUAAAAUGGCGACAUUAAAAGGUAUUCCAUCAUUUUCCCCUUUUCUCUCUCAACAUCUUAUUUCCUCCAGAAAUGCGCUCGAAUUUGAUGCUUUUGGAACAUUUGAUGUUGGAAAUUUUGAGAUGGGUUAGAAAAUUGGCGACUGGUGCAAAAGAAAAAGGAAGAGAUGGCACAAAAAGCUCCACAUUGUUUGUUUCUCAAAAAUAAUCUGAAUUUUUUUUUUGAAAUAUUUAAUUUUUGCAGAACAUCUUCGAGUUUGUUUGGAUCGCUUACGGAUGUUGAAUCGGGUAUUGAUCUGUAUACACCACAAAAUACACCAAGAUAUACGGCGAUUUCGGUGAGUUUGGGUAACUUGAAAUGGUCCAAAAAUACCAGAAACAAAGUCUGAAAAUGUUAUGACGUGGCAAAGAAUUUUUUAUUAAAACAAAAAUCAUAUUUUUUGAGUUCGAUUGAUUGAGGUACUUGCGAUAAAUUUUCACUUGAAUAUUGAGUGAAGUUCCUGAAAAUUGCGAAUUAUUCAAAAAGUAAAAAUUUUCAGAGGAAAACUUACUUCUAUUCAUUUAUUUGAGAGUGGUUUGAGGUUUUCACUCGAAAUUUCCCCGGAAUUUUUUUUUUUUAUUUAUUUUUUCAACUUUUGAACAAUUCUAAUUUCUGCGAAAUAUUCAUUUCGGAAUUGAUAUUUGAAACAACUUACAUGGUAUUACUGUAGUUGAGUGGGCCGUUGUGUGAUAGCGAUAAUCAGUGGGCGUGUGUUGUAAUCGUAAAGUCCGUGGGUUUAAGAUAGGUUCGAGCUAUCUACACAAAAAAUUUUCCAAGUUUUGAUACAAAGAAUCUUUUAGAUAUUACUGUAGUUUAGAUACGGUUCCAAUUAAAGUUUUUAUUGUGCCAGAAAGGCAAACUCACGGUCUCGUUCUUCCAAUCUGUUUGAUUUUUCACCAAAAACACUUUUUUUUUGAAUAGUUCGUUGAGUUUCUGAAAAUUACUAAUUAUCCAAAAUGAAAUAUUUUCAAAUGAAAACUCACUUUUUGCAUUUUUUUAAUGUGAAAAUAGGAGUGUUAAAAUGAUUGAGAGAUAGUACUGUAGUUUAGAUACAGUUACUUUCAAAUUGAUUUUAAAAAUAAUCAAUUCGUUAUUUUUGGGCUCAGAAAAACAGAGUGAGGCGGAGCCAUACAUCAGUAUCCCCGGAUUUUCGUCCGGAGGGGGUCUGGCUAAUUUUGGAAAGACGGCGUGGGGACCGGCUAACUUUUUGAAAAAAUAACAAUUUACAGCCCAAAAACCAAUUUGUUUUUCUCUUUUUUUUUUGAGGGGGUCUGGCUAAUUUUUGAAUUUUCACAUUACGGGGGUGGCUAAUUUUCAUCAGUAUCCCCGGAUUUUCGUCCGGAGGGGGUCUGGCUAACUUUGGAAAAAAAGGUGGGGACUGGCUAACUUUUUGAAAAAAUAACAAUUUACACCCCAAAAACCAAGUUUUUUCUCUUUUUUUUGAGGGGGGUCUGGCUAAUUUUUGUAUUUUCACAUUCCGGGGGUGGCUAAUUUUGAGGCCCUGACCGGGAGAAACUGAUGUAUGGGCGGAGCAGCAUUUUUUUAUAAAGAGAAUCUUUUGUGAGAAGGGAGACGCAGAGAAGAGAGAGAAGAAGCAGGCACAUUUUCGAGUUCUCAUGCUGUUUCAGAACAAAAAAGGAAUUGAAAAAUUUAAAAGUGAAUUUUUAGAGUUCGAAAAAAUUCAUAAUACUCAACAUAUUCUACCGAAUUCGAAAAUUGUUGAAUUUUCAGACAAAAAACAUUCCAACAAGUGUUUCAGAUAAUUUUCAGCUCAAAAUCAUUUGUUUUUUGCAGGGAGCUUUCAAUGCUCUUGCAGCUCGAAACGAAGCUGAAAUGCAAUAUUUCGAUGCUUACAAACCGAGUGCAACUGCGAUUGUUUGUAUCGAAAAAUGGUUGUAUUUUCAAUCGUAUUUCGGACAACCUGAUUAUCAAAAGACAUAUCGAUGCAAUUUGACAAUUGAACCGAUUCAACAAAAAACAUCGUAUUUUAAAGGAGGAAGGAAUGCGGUUGAUUUGAAUAACACUGUGAGUUUUAUGGGGAAAAACAUGCGCGAGAAUAUGUGUGUUCAAAUUCGUGUCAUUUUGAAUAUAAAUAUAGACGUGGCAAUUUUCAGACGCGGAGGAAGUUUGCAUUUAACAAAUUAACUUUCAGAUGGAAUAUCGUCAAAAAGGAGCUGGACCACGAAAUAUGAAAUACGCAGAUGAUGAUUUCAGCAAUGAUUCAUACGAUGUUCAUAAUUCAACAUGGCUCAAUACAUCUGGAGCGGCUCCAUCUUCAGAUUCUGAUACAAAAUGGAUUGACACCGAUAAACCGCCAUCCGGACAUCAACCAAUUGCACCCGGUUGUAAAACAACAGUUAGUUUAUGGUGUAUGAGUCCAGCUCUAUCAUUUGUUGACGCAUUUUCACAAUCGAGAAGUGUUAUUUUGGCAUCGGGAACACUUUGUCCAAUGGAUACAUUGAAAACUGAAUUAGGAAUGGAAUUCAAACAACAAAUGGAAGGAUCGCAAGUCAUCUCGAAAGAUCGUAUUUUUGCUGCUGUUUUGCCGGUUGGACCUGGAGGGAAUCGAAUUCAAUGUACAUAUCGACAUACAUCCGAUGAGAAUUCACCAUUUUAUUCCGAAUUGGGAGCUAUUAUUCAGUGAGUGUUUUUUUUUGUUGCUUCUAUCAGGGGGUGAUAAAUCUGUCACCAUUAUUAUCUAACCGUUCCUUGAGAGAUUCUAUGAAAAAAAAAUAAUAUUUGCAGAUUUGUGUGCAGUAAUAUUUCUGCUGGAAUUCUAUGUUUUUUGCCAAGUUAUCGAGUUCUUGAUCAAUUAAAAAAUCAUCUGGAAAAAAGUUCAAGAAUGAAAUCGAUUGAAUCGAAAAAAGUAGUUUUGUGCGAACCACGUAGAUCUUCUGAACUUGCUCAAGUUAUGCUAGAAUACGAUAAAGCAAUUGCUCAACCAAAAUAUUUUGGACCAACAAUUAAUGGAGCUCUAAUGUUUGCCGUAUUUCGUGGAAAAGUCUCCGAAGGUAUCGAUUUUGCUGAUGAUCGAGCACGAGUUGUUAUCUCGGUCGGAAUUCCAUUUCCAAGUUCAACCGAUGAAUUGGUGACUGCAAAACGGAUAUAUAAUGAUGAGAAUAGUAAAACAUUGGGCAUUUUGAAUGGUGAAGAAUGGUAUGUGACACAGGCAUAUCGAGCAUUGAAUCAGGCAUUGGGAAGAUGUUUGAGACAUAAAAAUGAUUGGGGAGCUAUGUUGAUGAUUGAUGAACGAUUGGAAAGACAAUCGAAAAAUAUUACGACUGGUGAGAUUAUUUUGGUUUUUGGGUGGGGAAAAAAUAAGGUAGAUUAAUUUCGAUUAUUUUCCAAAUUUAAUUCGAAAAAUCCAAAAGUUGAUGGAAUUUGGGAUUGAAAGUUUUUUGAAAAGUUGAAAAAAUUUAUUAUUGUUUUUUUCAAAAUAAAAAAAGGAUAAUUUCAAAGUUUAAAAAAAAGCCGGCAAUUGUUUGUUCUUUCCUAAUCCAGAUUUUUUUGCAUGCUAGUUUCCCCCUCAAAAAAUUAUCUUUUUUCACCGAAAAAUAGAUAAAUAUAAUCAUUUUUUUUGCUAUGUUUGCAGACUAAAAUGUCUGAAUGUCUACGUCUCUUCGGGCAUAUUUAAUUUCCCUUUCCACUCUGUGUUCUAGGAUUUUCAGCCAUUUUUUGAGAGGAAAAAUGUUUGAAGAGUUUUUUUCUUUUUUUCGAUUUCCAUGUGUUGAACGAAACUUUUUUCAAUUUUGUAAAUUUUUUUCGAAUAAUUACACAAAUUGUCCUCCUCAAUGGCAUUUUUUAACAUGUUUGUUGUUUUUUCACAAUUUGGUUUCUAGGCGCCGCUUCUGCUCGAGUCUCAAAAUGGAUUCGCGAACAACUCAAAUCCUAUCCGAAUUUUCAAAAUUUCAACGAUGAAUUUCGCGAGUUUUAUAUUAGAAUGCGAAAUGAAGACGUUGAAUGUAGUGCUGCUUCUUCUUCUUCUGCUGCUACUGCUGAUGUGAAAAAAGAAAUCAAAACUGAAGAUGGUUGA